CGGUGCAUGCGCUCGCUUUCAACAAUCAAUUCCUCACUCCCAAUCUCUCCUGCCCUUAUCAUCACGUCUAGAACAUCAAUCACCGUCUUCCCGAACGCUACUCUCCUAUUUGUCUUCGAUCUUUCCUCCUCACAUCAUCUCCCAACCCUUCCAGAGCGCGGAAACUUGCCAAUAUGGCACCUCCGCCUUCCAAAGUCGAUGAAGCCAAAUCACUAACCACAUCCGAUCCCAAAAAGGCCGAAGCUUUAUAUAGAGAGGUUCUGGCGAAGUCUCCUGGGUCGAAUCAAGCAGCACUCCAAGAAUACGAGAAUGCCUUGGUUGGUUUAGGAGAACUCUAUCGAGAUCAGAAACAAACAGACGCUUUGGCCGAGUUGAUCAAGACAAGCCGAUCGACCCUCUCCUCCUUUGCCAAAGCAAAGACGGCAAAACUGGUCCGACAACUCCUCGACUUCUUCACGGAGAUCCCAGACACCCUCGAAAUUCAGAUCCAGGCCACCAAGUCAUGCAUCGACUGGGCCAACUCUGAGAAGCGAUCUUUCCUCCGCCAGAAUCUCGAAACGCGUUUGGUAGGCUUGUACAUGCAGAAGCAGGCAUACUAUGAUGCUCUUACCCUCAUCAAUGGACUACUCAAAGAACUCAAGAGAUUGGACGACAAGCUUGUCCUCGUUGAAGUCCAGCUCCUGGAGUCAAGAGUCUACCAUGCCCUCACCAAUCAAGCCAAGGCACGAGCGGCACUGACAUCAGCAAGAACCUCUGCCGCUUCAGUUUACACCCCGCCUCUUCUUCAAGCGGGUCUAGAUAUGCAGAGUGGAAUGUUACACGCUGAGGACAAAGAUUUCAAUACGGCGUUUUCUUACUUCAUUGAGGCGUUGGAAGGCUAUCAUGCCCAAGAUGAGGCGGCACGUGCUACUUCGGCGCUGCAAUACAUGUUGCUCUGCAAGAUCAUGCUCAACUUGGUGGAUGAUGUCAACUCACUCCUGUCUUCGAAGCAAGCACAGAAAUAUGCAGGCACCAAUCUGGAAGCCAUGAAGGCCGUUGCCCGAGCUCACUCAAACCGAUCGUUGGAGGAGUAUGAACAAGCGCUUACCAACUAUCGGUACGAACUGGGAAGCGAUGUGUUUAUCCGCAACCAUCUCCGUCGACUAUAUGAUGCGAUGCUGGAACAGAACCUGGUCAAAGUGAUUGAACCUUUCAGCCGGGUGGAAAUCGAUCAUGUUGCCAAGAUGGUGGGUCUCGAUACGCAGCAAGUGGAGAGAAAGCUGUCGCAGAUGAUUUUAGACAAAGUCAUCAUUGGGGUAUUGGAUCAAGGAGAAGGAUGUCUGAUUGUCUACGACGAGGUGGAGCGAGAUGCUGGGUACGAUGCAGGGCUGGAGACGCUCGAGAAACUCAGCAACGUUGUCGACGUGCUGUACACCAAUCAAGCGGCGCUUCUAGAAUAGAUGAUAUGGCCAUGGACUUGAGGGACUUGAGGCAUGGCGUUGGUGUGGAUGUAUCGAACGUCGGUGGUGACAAGAUGUCGACCACGUGACUGCAGCAUCAGUUCUGUACAACCUACUACUAAUGGAUAUUCAGCUCUGCUGGAAUUCUGACCAUAUUGGACCCCAAUGUCUUUGAGAGAUACCUAAAAGACUUCAUGUGUCGUACGGUCAGCUGUUCGUACUUUACAGAACUACGCCUACCACCUCAACCCCAGCUUUGCAACAAUUCUUUCCUAUUAUCUGCGGCUUACGUCUCCGUAUUACUCGGGGGUCCGGUUAGGGGCGACAAAGAGGUUCUAG